AUGAAUCCUCUCUUGAAGAGUCUCAAGAAACAAGUUAGCCGCUCAAUUUCUCUCGAUACCUACACCGAGCCUAAAACCAUAUCAUGUCUUCACACAUUUUGCUGUGAGUGUUUAGAGAGACACGCAAUAGAGAACAAGAAACAAGGGAAAUUCCGAUGCCCCGAGUGUCAGGCAGAAAUCGAUUUACCACAAGAAAAUUGCUUCGACCGUUUGCCUAGCAGCCUUUUCCACAAAAGUCUGUGAGGUGUCCUUCUUGAAGCGGAAGAUCGCGAAGCCAUCGCGAGGCAACAACGGGACACUUGCUCGCAACAUACGGAAGAAAGAGUACGAUAUUACUGCUCCUCGUGUAAAGCGUGUAUUUGUCCGAUUUGCGUCACCGAAGACCACCGAGGCCAUGCGUUUGAAAUCCUUGAAAAAGCAGUGCAAGAGGAUAAGAAAAACAUUAUGUCGACUGUCGAGACCAUCAAGGUGUGAAGGCAACUAA